AUGCCUGAGGAAUUAAGGGAAGCACUGGUGGCUGACCUAAUUGACCCACAAACAAAAACCUGGGAUCCACCAUAUAUUCUAUCUGAUCUUUUUAUUCCUGAUGAUGUGAAUCGAAUCACUAUCAUUUCUAUUAGCCCGGAUUAUGAGGACUCAUGGUAUUGGAUGGGGAACCCAACACGGGAAUACACGGUCAAGAACGCCUAUAGGCGCGUAAUUGGGGAUUUUGUUAAUAGCCCAAGUGCUUUUGAUAAAUGGGUUACAAUGUGGAAAUUGAAGAUUCCAUCUAAAUGGAAAAUAUUCCUUUGGAGAGCUAUAUGUGAUAUCCUUCCCACCACUAAUAAUUUGAUUAUAAAGAGUGUAGAAGUGAGCCUUGCAUGCCCAAUGUGUGAUCUAGCUCAUGAGGAUAUUAUGCAUGCUCUAAUUUCUUGUGAUUAUUCUAGGAUGGUUUGGAAUGUUUCACAAUUACCUAUUGCAAAUAUUAUGACACAUUCUUUUCCAUUAUGGCUUAUGAGUAUGCUGAACACCUUGAUAGAGGAGCAAAUUGGGGUGGCGGUAGGUAUGCUCUACCACAAAUGGCGAGCCCGCAACUCCGCGGUUUGCGACAAGGCGUUGCCGCGGCCUGGACAAACUUGGAGACGGGCGAUGAUGGCCGAAAACGCCUAUCGGCAGGUUCACCAUCGUCAGCAGCGCCCGACGCCCUCAGUAUUGCCGAUAGCCGAGACACACACCAGACUGAAAUGCUUCGUAGACGCUGGCUACAAGUAA